UUCAUAGGUUAGUUUACAUCAUCUCUCUCUUAUUUAAACUGUCUCUACGUGCAAACUCUAGAUACACAUAAAAUUAAAGAACCCACCUCUUUUCUCUUUCUCUUCUAUUCAAAUUAAGGUCUUUGGGGAGUAAACGUGGACGGCUAAAGAGAAAGAUGGGGAGAUCUCCAUGUUGUGAGAAGGUGGGGUUGAAGAGAGGAAGAUGGACAGCAGAUGAAGAUGAAAUAUUAAAAAACUACAUUCAAGUCAAUGGGGAAGGAUCCUGGAAAUCAUUGCCCAAGAAUGCAGGGUUGUUGAGGUGUGGGAAGAGCUGCAGGCUGAGAUGGAUAAACUAUUUGAGGGCUGAUUUGAAGAGAGGGAACAUCACUGCUCAAGAGGAAGAAACCAUUGUUAAGUUGCAUAGUACUUUUGGGAAUAGGUGGUCUUUGAUUGCUGCACAAUUACCGGGACGAACAGACAAUGAGAUUAAGAAUUACUGGAACUCUCACUUAAGGCGAAAAAUUUACAGUUUCACCAAGACAUUAAAAGAUCACACAGAACCAAGUGACAUUGACGCUGUAACGAGAGCGGGAGAUCAGUGCAAGCGAAGAGGCGGUCGAACCAGCCGAUCAGCCAUGAAAAGACACAAGUUGGCAUUGAUGUCACUAGGUAUUCCUAAGACUGUUGCCCCACAUGAGGUGUUGCGUGAUCCUGCAGCCCAAGAAAACACUCCUCUGGGACAAACCCAAGACAGCAAGGACCCUGAUUCAGCAGUGCUAGAGGGUAGAAGUAACCUUGGAAUGCAUGGGUCUUGCAUGCACAGCAGUGCAAGGUUAGCAGGCAAUUAUGAUGAGAGGCAAAGCACAGGAAUAGCAUUAAUUUCUGGCAAAGAAAGGUCUAGCACUGCAGCUGAAAUGUACGGCUGCAGCGUGAGAGAAACCGAGGAGGUUCUGGGACCAUACGAGUGGCUAGACAAUGAAAUAAAGCGCCUCAGCAGUAUUCUGCAAAAUGAAAGAGUGGAUACAAAUGGGAACCAUGGCUUGAUCACAAAUGGAGAAAAUGGCGUCAGGGUUAUUAUAACUGAUGAGGACACGACUAAUGGGGUCCAAAAUUGUGCCAAAAAUUAUGAUCAAGAAAGAGAAAGCUCUGGCAUCUUGAGCUCAAAUGCAGAUCAGAUCCCUGCUGGGGAAUUGCAGGUGUGUAAUUAUUUAUCACCAGGGAAUCCAGGGUUCGAUGAGGAAUGGCUUGAUUGGGAAUAUUCUGGUCUUGCUUUCCAAUGGGAUGAUGAUCAGUACUGGGGAUUAUGGGAUGAUUCAGAUAUAUAA